CGCCAUUGCAGCGACAGCUUUCUUCUCGCGAGGAAGGACGCCAUUAUCGGAUUCCUUACAAACAACACGAGAAUUCAUCAUUCACACGGUUUGAAUGAUGUCAGAACAGGAUUUGGUGGAGAUGGUCCAGAUUGCUGUUGAAGAUUUGAAUCAUGAGGACCAGCCAGACGAAUUGGAGAAUAAUGAGGAUGGCGGUAGGCCACAACGCAAACGAGCAAGGUUGGAAAGCAACAACCAAGAUGCGUCUCUUAAGUCAUUGCUUUGUACCAUCAGUCAGACUAUCUGUCAGCGUCUUGACAGUAUGGAAGCUAAGCUGCAAGUUUUGGAGGCCACAUGUAGGGCCCUUGAGGAGAAGCUGGAUGCUGUGACCAGUAAAAAUCAGGGGCCCAUUCAGGUGCCCAUGGUAGCAGGAUCUCCUCUGGGGGCCACACAGACUUGGAACAAAGUGCGCUGUGUUGUGCCCCAGACAAAUGUGAUUGUCAGUGGUGACCGACCAAAGGGACCCCAGGAGGAGAAUAUCACACGCAGCUCAGAGUCACUGGAGAACCUGCUUAGCAAUACUGUGGGUGGGCGUAGAAAAAACACCAUCCUAGUGAAGGUUCCAACGCAGGAGGACAGUCACGAGGACCAGGAGAGCGGCUCAGAAGCCAGCGACUCGGUGUCAAACAGCGGACAGAACGCAGUGCAGAACUCCAACAACGUCACCCUCAUCACCCUUAAUUCAGAAGAGGACUACCCUAGUGGCACGUGGCUGGGGGACGAGAAUAACCCAGAGAUGCGGGUGAGGUGUCCAGUGUCGCCUGCGGACAUGCUGCACAUCAGCACCAACUGUCGCACGGCAGAGAAGAUGGCGCUGACGUUGCUGGACUAUCUGUUUCAUCGCGAGGUGCAGGCCAUGUCCAACCUGUCAGGCCAGGGCAAACACGGCAAGAAACAGCUCGACCCUCUCAUGAUCUACGGCAUCCGCUGUCACCUUUUCCACAAGUUUGGAAUCACUGAGUCCGACUGGUACCGCAUCAAGCAGAGCAUCGACUCAAAGUGUCGAACUGCGUGGCGGCGCAAGCAGCGUGGCCAGAGCCUGGCCGUCAAGAGCUUCUCCCGCCGGGCCCCGGCUUCCCAGAACGCCUCAGCCAACCACGGUAAGAACACAGGGUCCGCUCUCGCCCCCCCUCUCUCUCGCGUCGCCCGACGCACGGAAUCUAAUCAGGCCUUGCAUUAUGCUCUAGCCAAUAGCCAACAGGUCCAGAUUCACCGCAUUGGAGAAGAUGGACAGGUGCAAGUGAUUCCACAGGGACACCUCCACAUUGCUCAGGUACCGCAAGGAGAGCAGGUACAGAUCACGCAAGAUAGUGAGGGCAACCUGCAGAUCCACCAGGUUCAUGUCGGGCAGGAUGGACAGGUCCUCAGAGGGCCACAGCUCAUCGCCGUGGCCUCCGCUGACGGGGCGACAGGAGUGGAGGCCUCGCCGCUCCAGGCUAACGACAUCCAAGUGCAGUAUGUUCAACUGGCUCCUGUGACUGACCACACUGCCACGGUACAGGCGGCGGAGGCCCUUGCGCCUGGUAUUCCGGAGAUGGACAUGAAGGAGGCUAUCCAGAUUCAGCAGAGCGAGAACGGGGAGGUGGUGCAGAUACAGAUGCCCCUCAACACUGUUGGCACCUGAACAGCUAAACCAGACCACAGUGGCACAGCAUGGCAUGGAACAGGAGCUCCCGUCGUCGACAAACUGAGAAUUGUGGAUAGCCAAAGAGAGAGAGAGAGAGAGAGAGAGAGAGAGAGAAAAAAAAAGCAAUUGAGGUAGCGAUGUAAAGCCAAACUCGUGAAAGAGUCUCGGUCGAAACAAACACUCCAUGUUUUUUUUUUGUUUUUUUUUUUGUAUUCA